AUGGCAUUGGAGAACUUACUUCCUAGGCAAAUUGUUGCACAUUGGGUGGAAUUCCAAGUUAUUGUCCUUGGGAUUAUGGCACAGACCAUUGGGGAGGCAUUUGCCAUUUGCUCGAGAAACUAUGGGCGUACAUCUUCACCAGGGAGCCCGUUCAGGAAAGUUGCCCUGGGCCUCAGCGUUGCUCCUGCGAGUAUUUCGGACAGUGUGACCUUAGGUUUUGGCCCCAGACUCCGGAAGGGUUACCAGACCUACCAGAAUGGUAGUCUUACAUCGUCCUGCUUUUCCUUGCUAUUGCGACCAGAACUUUGCCCAACUAUUCGGCUGGGAAGAGGACACCUUCGCUGGGUAUUGUGGGUUUAUGCAGGUGGCCGUGGUACGGUUGAAGUCGGUCGUCAAGACAAGCUACCCGUGGUGAAACUUGUGGCUGUGAGGCAUGGCGCUGGACGCACGACUAACGACGGCAAGGUACCAUCAAGGAACACGGAAGAACACAGCCAGUACCGACACCAAAAGCCCCCACCACCCAGACCAGUGAUCAUGAUCACCGCGCACAGCACAGCACACGGCCAAGACCGCAUUAACCGGCCACUACUAUCCGUUUCAGUUAAAGAUUCGAGCGAUCCUGCCCUUUAUACACGAAGGAGCGCUGGCGAUCGAAAUCUCUUGAUAAGGUGGUACGAUGUGGUUGCUGCACUGCGCGCGCGCACGCAGAAGGCUGUUUGGUGGUUUCGUGCACCACUACUACCACCGCCGCCGCCGCACGCGCUAUCACCCGGCGCUCUCGUGUACCGUACCUACCUCCCACGGAGUAGAGUAGCACAGCACCCAACCGCACCAUCAUGAUCAUCAGC